GCUGUUUGCGCGUGUUGUCCGAGGCCCUCUAUCCCCCACGUGUAAUCCCCAUUGUAGACAGUACUGAGGCGCCCCAUGUCUGGCAGCAGCCAGCUUGAUUGAAUACAACCUUCACUAUAGACAUAGACUAUUGCGGAGCACCACUUGUUGGUUGAGACUAUCAUGCCCGCGUAUCACUCAUCGUUCAACGAGGAACCUGACGUUCGUCUCGUCGGGAACAUGUCCGUCCUACCUAUUAAGACCAAGAUCAGAGGACCAGCACUCAUAGCCGACUCUAACACUGCCGACAUCAUUGACGAAACACUAGACCUUUUCCGCGCCAACUCCCUCUUCCGUAACUUUGAGAUCAAGGGCCCCUCCGAUCGCCUUCUCAUUGUUCUCAUCCUCUUUGUAUCCGACUGUCUUGCGAAGAUUGGCUCCCAGAGGAGCGUGUCCUCACAACUGGAGGCGAAUAAGCUGUUGAACACGCUAGCAGUAGAUAACUUCCCGAUCCCUGGAGACGCUACAUUCCCUUUGAAUGCUCACUAUGCCCCACCCGGGAGCAGAGCUGAUGCUGAAUAUUUGCGACAGUAUUUGACUCAAGUCCGACAAGAAUUGGCUGCGCGGUUGAUUGAACGUUUGUAUGCAGACGGUACAGGCAAGCCAAGCAAGUGGUGGAUGUCGUUCCAGAAGAGGAGGUUCAUGAACAGGAGCUUGGGAACGCAAUGAAUGGCAAGGAAUCACAGGAUAUUCAGCUUUGAUGUACAGAGAGACCAGGCAGGUCGUAUAAUACAGCGCAUAUACCAAAGAACCAUAA